GCCAUGGGGGGGAACAAUCUCAGCCUCGGCGUCCUGAGCCUCGGCGUUCUGCUCCUGGCCGCCGCCUCGGCGGGUGCGGAGCCGCCACCGAGCUGCGAUGCGGUCCAGAAAGUUUUCCAGCUCCGGCGGCUCGGCCCCCCGGGCGAUGUCCCGGAGUCCCCGCGGGCAGGUGUUGAUCUCCAGGUUUGUACUUCUAGAAAUCCAACAUGCUGUACUAAAAAGAUGGAAGAAAGGUAUCAGACUGCAGCAAAGCAAGAUAUACAGCAAGUGCUUCAAACAUCAAGUGCUACGUUAAAAUUUUUAAUAUCUCGUAAUGCAGCUGCUUUUCAAGGGCUGUAGACUCUGCAGAGCUCAGUGACUAACUGUACUUCGCGUAAGUGGGGGCUGUACUCUUUGCCUCAGUGUUUUAAGAUCUCCUCCUUUCCCCCAACCCAAGAGAAAAACCAGUGCACGAAAAAAUCCCUUAGCUACCUAAUAUACUUUUACAAUUCCAAGAUUUCUCAGUCUUCACAUUAAAUGACAUUAAAUGACAUUGUAAUGAAAUUAAGUGAAAUAAGAACCCCAAAACUAUAUUUCUGUUGCUGUUAUGUCCUGUGGGGCUUAGUCAGUGGGGUAUUUUCAGAAUGCAUGCAGGGUGCGUCUCCCUCAUUGAUGAAUUCUCUCUGAAAGACAGGGACACAUAUAUGCCUUUGAGGAGAAAUAGUUGUGAAUCCCUCUGGUAUAAUCUGAGUGGUUAUUCAGGCGUUUGGUUCCAGGCCCUUCUCAGCUAGUACACAUUAAAACUGUAUGACCUGUCAGCCCAGGGGAAUUCUCUGAACACCAUGUCAGAGGCUAAUAUGAGACAUAUGCACUUUUAACUCUCCUAGCAGUGCUAAUAUACAGUGUAGAAGGAAAUUCAAGAAGCAGUGAUGCGAAGAAAGAAACCUGCCUCUGUAGCUUAGUGAUUAUAUGUCCUCCCUCUAGAGGGAUGGUUUCAGGACUGCUUGAGAAUUAUAGUAUUUAUUUUUUUUGGUGAAACAUGUGUAAACAUUUCUUAUUACAGGAAUACAAGCCAUCCUUCCCAAAUAUGUAGCCUACACUGAUUCUCCCACUGUCUGUCUUUCAUCAUUUGCUUUUAAAAAAAUAUUUUUCAAAUAAUUAUACUUUAAAGUAUAUCUAUUUUAUAUACCUUAUACACUUCACAUGUUUUUGAAGUACAUGCUUUAGUCUGGAGUACUUUCGUCUUUGUUCUCCUUUUAUGUAAAGUAUGAUUGAGAGAGAAUGUUUCAUGGAUUCUGGUAUUAUUUAGAUUUAAAACCUUGUGUAACUUAAAGUAGUUUUUUGUGGAAAAACAUGCUGUUGGACAUGCCACUCUUUACUGAAAAAUUCCAAUCAUUGCUAACUAAAAUUCAAGCGAAAUUAUUUCAGAUUCAGAAACCAUAAUAGGAUGCUGCUGAUAUUUUUUCAGUUUUGAAUUCUAGGAACACAGUAGGACAUUAUACCUGGUCUGAAUUAAGUUUUGAUGGUGCUUUGAGCAGGAGUUUGGACUGGAGACCUACUUAAGGUCCUUUAGAGUCUGAAUCAUUGUAUGACAGGGUGUCUAUCUCAUCGCCAGAUCUUUAGGUAUUCCCUUUAUGUUUCAAUGAGGCUGGGCUGGGCAGUUAAGAGUAUGAUUAACUCUUCUGCUACUUUGACAACUGGACAGACCUCUCAGGAGUUGGGUAGAAAGUGUGAAGAGAAUUGUUGAGGUGUGUACAAAAGGGAGCAGAUGUCGUGGACUUUGUCACUGCUGUCAUGUACCUCUUUUCAAAAUAUGUUGAGGCUGGAUGUCUUGGCCUAAAAGGGGUGGACUGGAUCCAAACAGAACAAAUAGCUAAUAUUUUCUCUCAGUUUCUUACAUAUUCAGCAAAGAGAAGUAGGCAGUUAAAAUAAGUAAUCUGUGUCUGACUCUGGAGGUCUUCAGAGGUGUGUUUUUACCCUGCAUUAAAUACAGUCUAGAGACCCUGAGUCUUCAGAACAGCUGUCUACCAAAUACUUUAGGAUGACUGUAUUGGUGAAAUGAGGCAUCUGUCUGCCUAUCUCUUAACUCUAUGUGUGUGCAUAUAUCUUUACAUGAAAGUAAAUUCAUAUAUAUAUUGACAUAUCUUUGUCACCGUCCAAUGUUUUUCAAAAUUCUGUGGGUCUGUAACUGCUGCCUGCUGGCAGUAACUGUUGGCAAUUUUCAAAUGUUGCAAAAAUUGCAUUUCUCUUAGGUCAUGUCAAGCUAUAUGGUGCAAAUUGCACCACUUGUGUACUUCUUCCUAGUGAAUACUGUUACAGUUUUUUCCUUAUGUUUCAGGGUGUGUCAGAAUGCAUGUUUCCUUUUUUCAUUGUGAAUCUAUUUCUUUUUAAUACCUUUGAGGAUUGGUAAGGGAACAGAAGGAUAGGUGAGAGUAAAGUUAAAUAAGAUAUUAAUCUGGUAAGUGGGAGAGACAUUAUGGAGAGCAGUAAAUCAUUCUUCUGUCAGGAAAGGUGACUAGAGAACUUGAGCUGUAUGCUAAUCGUGUGUCAAGACAGUUAUUUUGAUAGGAUAACAUUCUUGUACAUCUCUGCCUUUUUAGUAUUUCUUAAUAUUUGAGGUAAAGACUGUGAACACUGUAUGGAGAUAG